AUGUAGUCUCUCGUGCCAAGGGUUCCUCUCCGUCUUCGAGCGUGACAGUUAAUGCCAUGUUCAUUGUUUUUCACGCGACUCGGUGGAUGAUAUGUUGAGCACUAUGUCUGUUUCUAUCUUGUCUCCUGGCGCAGAAACGGAGUCGUCCUUCCAGCCUUUUCAAUGUUCUAUUUGCCAUGCGCGCUUCACCCGACACGAGAACCUCAAGCGACAUACUGCACUCCACUCACGCUCUCACAAGGACACCUCACUCUUUUGUGACAUCUGCCAUGCUACCUUCUCGCGUCCUGAUCUGCGACUGCGACACCUAAAGAGGAAGCAUCCAGAGAUUGAGGACCUUCGGCCUAAAAAGCGGCGCGCAACCAGAGACGUCAAUAGCAAGCGGAGUCAGGAAGCAAUAUCAUCUUUGAACUCACCAGGCAGAAGCCGGCAUGGCUCGUAUACUCAGUAUUCAGGUGAUGAAGACAAACGCGACAAGACCAGACCUUUACCGCCGACAACACAGCAGCAUAAUCGUCAUAGUAUUUGCGGUACCCAGCACUUGCCCCAUCGAAACAUAGAAAGCACCAGAUUUGCAGAACGCGCAUCUCUGAGAGACGAACAAGACUCAAUCCCCGCUUUGCUAGACCCCAUAACGCAACACGCCUUGUCGAGCGGGUCAACAAGCACCAAACAAAACUCGCAACCUUCGACUCAUCUGGAUCUGAGUUCGAUGCUGCUACAAUCACUCUUCGAUUCAAACAAUGGCUUCAAUAACCAUUCUUCCCUGACUACAACGCCACCUGCUUCGUUCAAUGCAGCAUUGACUGGUUUCGACUUCGACCAAUGGAGCCCCGACAGAUUGCUAUCCAUAGACUUGCCCCAGGCCCGAGACAACUGGUUGCCUUCCACUGCCCAGGUCACACAGGGUUGCGGGUUAUUCUUCGCUCACUGCUCAUCUUUUCUCCCCUUCUUGCAUCGAGCAACAUUCAGUGUUGAACAAGUUCCAAAGCACCUGCUUCUUAGUUUGCUUUGUCUUGGUUAUCAACAUGGUGCAAAUCCUGGAGAUGACUUGGAGAAAGGCUCAGGCGAGAGCUUAUCAAUACAUUGUUUUCAUCGAGCACGAGCACUUAUUGCCGCGGAGGAAGAAAAUCUUGAUAGCGAAACUGAUGGCCUUUGCAUGGUUCAAACGUAUCUGUUUCUACAGGUCUUUGCCAUGAUGUAUUCAUGCGACAACGACUCAGCAUACGGACUGAAGACACAUUCAAAGAUGAUCUCGCUUGCGCGAGGUAUCGGAUUGAUGCAGGACAAGUUAGCCGAGGCACCGGAGACCAAACAUCUGGACUCGCUGUGGCAGCAAUUCAUCCAAGCCGAAACGCGCAAGCGAACAGCCUUUGCCAUACACCAGAUCGACACGCUUUGGUAUCAAAUCAUGUCUACACCGCGAUUGAUAUCACAUCUCGAGGUCAAGCAUGAACUACCAUGUCCGGAAAACUUCUGGGCGGCAUCUUCUUCCAGCGAGUGGGCGUAUGGGCAACUGAUUGCAAGAAACUCCGGCUCAACGAUGCAAUACUCGGAUGUUGUUCGACGAAUGUUGUCAUCCCAUGGGGAUCUCAAGUCUAUUCCAGCCUUUGAUCCGUACGGAUCUAUUAACAUCACUCAGUUCUUGACCUCGAGUGCACGCGAGAUAUCUGGAUGGUCUACGAUGACUGGAAUGCUAAGCAUGGAGAGACUCGAGCCUAUCAGAGCGUCACUCCUGGCACUCGGUGUAUUCAUUCGUCCCGAACUCCAUGUGGCGACGAUGAACAAUAUGGCAUUAUGUGAAGCUACCUGGGAGGCAGCCAUGAUCGAGAUGCAGAUGUGGUCCCCAUCACAUACCGGUGGCAUCGUCGCAAGCAGUGUCGAUGCAGCAUUAGACCAGUUAACACACUUUUCUCCCUCGUGCGAGUUCUUGUGUGAAUCAAAUAUUGCGAACUCGGUCCAACCCCAUGUGGAUUGGUUCUUACGCUAUCUGGAUACGACUACGCGACCGGAUUUUGAGGCCCCAUGGAUCACGAUAUACGCUUGGAGAGCCGUUAUGAUUGCAUGGCAGCUCUUUUGCAGCGGUAUCGCAGGAGCAUUGCAAGUCGUUGGUGUGGAGGAUGGUGAUAAGGAGGAAGCCUUGAGAUGGGCACGGAAGGUAUUCCAACGCAGAGAACGCUGGAAGCUUGGUAAGACAGUUCUUUCGUGUUUAGAUACUCUAGAUAGGUAGAAACCAACUUAGGUAACACUAGUAAGAACCACUACGGUGGCCUCCUUGCCUGCUGAGUACAAGAUAUCAGUCGCUUGUAUAUAAGUAACUUGUAGGGACGUUCACCAACUGGUCGGAACUAUUGUGGUCAAGAAUGCUACAAGAAAAGGGAUUAAUACAGGAAGUCGAGAGAAACGUAUACCCAAUGAGGACUAGGGGAAUUUCAUAACUGUGAAGUUGUGAUUCAGCUUAUAUAUUCUAUUUAUAAAGUUCGCU